AUGUGCUACGGCAGUCGAUUAUCUGAGAUAUUCCUCCUCAACCUGGCAGGAUAUUAUUCUCAUAAGAAAGGAGAAAGCGCUAGGUCGUUUACUAUUUCAGCUCCUUGUUAUAAUGUCGGAGUCUUCGGUAAAUGCACGAACGGAGGAGCUCCAAAUCCGCGAGACUGCAAUUUAUGCCUCUGCCCUAAUGGCUACGGUGGAACGCUCUGCGGUCAGCGAAAGGCAGGUUGUGGAGGCACACUAGCGGCGACUACUGCUUGGAAAUCAAGGAAUAUCACGCUCGGCAAUAAUACAAUAACGACCAUACGUGAAACCUACACACAGUGCAAUGACUGGAUUACGGCACCAAAAAAUAAAACCAUUCAAAUUCGAGUGACAGCCCUCAAGGAUGUGAUCUGUGCCAACGGCUGCGUAUACAAGCUCAAUCGAACCAAAGGUUAUCGCAGAUAUCGCCAUGACUAG